UCCAUGUAUCGUAUGCAAUGGUAGGCUAUUACCGUCGCACGGUAGGUGCCAUUUGCAUUGUAUUUGACAUUAGUGGUUCAAUAGUCUAACGAUCGAUGCGGAUGUGGAUUAGUAUAUCGUAGAAAUCCCAUCCGUUGUUUCACCUAGUGCAAAGUUGCUGUAGAGUCAUCAUGAUGGGUAGGCUAACCUACUAGGCCUAUCCUACUUUUGUUGCGUUUUUGUAACCUUUUUAUGGAUUUAUUUUGUGUGAUUUGCUACCCGUCGCCGUGACAGGAAGAACCUAUGUGAGGUGUGUAGAUAAAGGCUAAACAUGAUGGGAGAGAAAGGACAGAAAACUGGCUUCUCCUUUGGUGGUUUUCCUGCUGCCUCUGGCUCAUCAGACGGGGCUGCUGAGGCCAAGGCCAUUGGUGGCUUCGCGUUUGCGGCUGUUCCUGCUGCAACCCCUUCAGAUGCGGCUGCUGAGAGUAAGGCUGCCCGGCCUCGGCGAGCCGAAUUGGUGGCAGUUCAAAAAGAGAGAGCGAAAAAUGAAACCUGGGACUUCUUGAAUGAAACUCCAUGGAGACAGGUGAACUGGUCUGAUGAGACCAGGACAGCUCUGCUGGAGUCCGUUCGCUCCUACAAGCCCGCCUGUGGCUCGGUGCCAGCUGCCCGGGUUCUGUUGGUGGGUCCGGUGGGAGCAGGCAAGUCCAGCUUCAUCAGCUCCGUGCAGUCGGUGUUGUACGGACGCGUCCUGAACCGGGCCAUGGUGGGCCCCCCAGCCGGCUCCUCCACCAGCUUCACUAAGAAGGUAGCGGAGUUGCAGUCGUACAGGUUGCACAGCAGCGGGGAGAGAGGAGGUGAGAGAGGAGGUGAGAGUCUGGCUGUGGUCCUGUCUGACAUGGCGGGGCUGGGAGAGGGCGGCGGCCUCACGCUGCACGACACGCUAGCUGUCAUCAAAGGCCACGUUCCAGACGGACACACGUUCAGUGCCUUGAGUCCCGUGGGGUCUGACACAGCAGGCUAUGUGAAGGAGCCCUGCUUGGCCAACAGGGUGCACUGUGUGGCGUAUGUGGUCAACGCCGCCGAGAUAUCCACCUACUCCAAAUCCAUGACCUCCACACUCCAGCAGCUCAGAGAGCACGUUAGCGCUCUAGGUGUACACCAGGUGGCACUGGUAACACACGUGGACAAGGUGUACGUCAACACAACCGACAUGUCUCAGGUGUACAGGAGCACGCCUUUAAAAAAUGUGAUGCAGAGGGCCAGCGCUGUACUGGGCAUGCCCAUGUCCUCCAUGGUGCCGGUGAAGAACUACUUUGAGGAGCUGGACCCAGAGCUGCACACAGACACCCUGCUGCUCCAAGCACUGCAGCUCAUCUUGCAGUAUGUGGACCUCCACCUCAGAGAACACGCUGAGUAAACCAAGCAAGCAGAGAGGUCCAUCUCACCUGUGACAGCGGAGCUUAGGGAUCUGGGGUUCUAAGAACUGUAGGGUUUCUCCUAAGAACCAUAGACAAUCGUAGCCAUAGCUCCAUCUCAUCUUUAGCACUGUGGAGGUUGAGGAAAUCUAAAGCAUUCUAAGACAACAGUUGCCAUAGCAUCAUACCUGGGGUUCUAAGACAACAGUAACCUUGGUCACCAGUAGAGGCCGCCAUUUUGUCUUCAACACAAGAGCAACUACAGGAAUUUAGAAGCUGUAUAUGUAGUUGUGGUGACAUGGUGAAGGUCUGCUGGCCCAGACUACCCACAAAUUGUGUCACAAAUAUCACCUUCAAAGAUUGAUUAUCAUAAAAAUUCACCUCACUGACAAAUCAAAAUGAUAAUUUUCAAAAUGUUCUGCAUCCAUAAGGAUGCAUUUUUCUUUCUCAUGACUGAUCCAGGUUCUGUUAAUUUCCAUAACUGUGGAUUUAUGGGUCAUUAAAAGUCUAAAUGGAUUUGAAUUUCCAGCAGCAGCAACCUUCAAAUAGACAGCUACUACAGAACAAAACAAGGCACAACAUCACCUGUUUGUGUGUAUGUGUGUAUGUGUGUGCGUGCGUGCGUGCGUGUGUGUGCGUGUGCGUGUGCGUGUGUGUGUGCGUGUGCGUGUAUGUGUGUGUGCGUGUGUGAAGAAACUAACAAAUAAAAAAAACACAAAUGCUGAUAUCUUAGCUGACCCCAGAGAGGCGUGACUCACCUGUGUGUCUUGGCAGCUGUGUUUCCAUGGAGACCUUUUCUAUGGUCAUAUAAGCAUUCAGCUGUGGGGAAAAUGCCUCUUAUCUUUUAGUUUAAUUUCAAUAACUGACUGUUGUUUAAGAAGUCUCAACAUAUGUUUUCUAUUUUUUUUAUUCUGAUUAAAAUGUU